AACAGCGUUGUUGGCGGCCACGGCGGCGCAGUCCCAGGAGCGAGCGAAGCCUCUGCCGCCGCUACUGCCGCAGGAGGCGUGAGGAGACAAAAACAUUCAGAUGGCAGAUAACAGCUUCUCAGAUGGAGUUCCGUCAGAGUCCUUGGAGGCUGGGAGAGAUGCAAGGGCCACAGAGACACUCACGGACCAGGUGAUGCAGAACCCUCAGGUCCUGGCAGCCUUGCAGGAGCGGCUCGACAGUGUCUCCCACACUCCUUCCAGCUACAUCGAGACUUUACCUAAAGCGGUAAAAAGAAGAAUCAACGCACUGAAGCAGCUUCAGGUGAAGUGCGCUCACAUAGAGGCCAAGUUCUACGAAGAGGUCCAUGACCUGGAGCGGAAGUACGCGGCGCUGUACCAGCCUCUCUUCGACAAGAGAAGGGAGUUCGUCACCGGCAACGUCGAGCCCACAGACUCGGAAGCGGAGUGGCACAGCGAGAACGAGGAGGAGGACAAGUUGGCUGGAGACAUGAAGAACAAAGUAGUCAUAGCCGACAAAGAGGCCGCAGCAGCGGAGGAGCCCAGCCCCAAAGGCAUCCCGGAGUUCUGGUUCACCAUCUUCAGAAACGUGGACAUGCUGAGCGAGCUGGUCCAGGAGUACGAUGAGCCGAUCUUGAAGCACCUGCAGGAUAUUCAAGUGAAGUUUUCAGAGCCUGGACAGCCUAUGUCCUUCGUGUUGGAGUUCCACUUCGGGCCCAACGACUACUUCAGCAACGCGGUCCUGACGAAGACCUACAAGAUGAAGUCGGAGCCGGACAAGGCGGACCCCUUCUCCUUCGAAGGGCCGGAGAUUGUCGACUGCGACGGGUGCACCAUCGACUGGAAGAAGGGAAAGAACGUCACGGUCAAAACGAUCAAGAAAAAGCAGAAGCACAAGGGCCGCGGCACCGUCCGAACCAUCACCAAGCAGGUCCCCAACGACUCCUUUUUCAACUUCUUCAGCCCGCUCAAAGCCUCUGGGGAUGGAGAAUCACUGGAUGAAGAUUCUGAGUUCACGCUGGCCUCGGACUUCGAGAUCGGACACUUCUUCCGUGAGCGGAUAGUCCCGCGGGCCGUGCUGUACUUCACGGGGGAGGCCAUCGAGGACGACGACAACUUUGAAGAAGGCGAAGAAGGAGAAGAGGAGGAACUAGAAGGAGAUGAGGAGGGAGAAGACGAGGAUGAUGCCGAGGUGAACCCCAAGGUGUAAUUUUUAUCUGUUAAUCAUUCAUGCGUUUCUAGAAGGAGCCCGGCCAGCCCUCCGAGUGCAAGCAGCAGUGAGGCCCGUCCCGGCGGCGCCCGCACCGGACCUGUCUCCUCGUGCAUGGUGUUCACGCUCCCCUCCCUUCGUCCUUACGGUUUUGCUUAACCUGUGCAGUGGCAGCUUAAACGCAUUUCAGAAGUAGGAGGUUUAAUGCCCGCACCCCCCUCGGCCUUGGGUGCAGCUCGUAGACUUUCCCAGGCCCGGCUUGGGGGCCCGUAGACCACAGGGGUGGGGGUAGGAGGUCGCCUGAGCCCAGGGCAGAUGCCUGGGGAGCCUCUGCUCCUGCCUCGUUUGAGGACGCCACACGCUUCGUCCCCAGCCACCUGUCUCCUGUGUCUGACGCUUCGGGGGAGCCGGAGAGUGGGGCCCGUUCUCCUCGGCGUGUUCGUUCUGCGGUUCUUGUUUUUCUCGGGGUGGGGGUGGGGCCGGGGCCGGGGCCGGGCCGGGCGCCCUCGGCACUGAGGCAGGGCCUGUGUGGUCGUCCUUGUAUUUAUUUGUCGUCCUGUGCCGUGAGGACUCGGGACGCCGGCGGCCCCCGUCCUGGAGUGUCUGAAGCCACACCUGUGACUGGAGCCCUGGCGACCUGACUGGCAGGAGCGGUGGCGGCUCCCCGGGAGCGGGCCGGGCGGAAGAACGCACCUCGCCGCCUCCUGCCGCCCACUGCCCUGGGGGGCCGUCUCCCCGCCCCUGCUGUGGGGACCCUUGGCCCGGUGGGGUCGGGGGCGGGGCCAGCCAUCCUGUGUAAGUGUCUGUCUCAGCAGCUCCCGGCUGUCGGCCACGCCCACCUUGUCUUAAAAGCCCUGGGCUCAGCGAGACCUGUCCUUGGCUGGCGUGUGGGGUUUCUGAGUGUGUGACCGCGGUCCCUGGCAGCCAGGAUGCCGGGUCCACACUGUGACCAGGCCUGCAGAGUGCUCAGCCUUACUCAAGAUACAUUUGUAACUGAAGACUCCGUUUUCAAUUUGUACAGAAUAGUUAGAGUAUUCUAUUAAAGUUGUGGAACACGGA